UGAACUUUCAAAAUGUUUUUUCAGUGCCUUGAAUCACAACCAAUCAAGUGUUGUUGUAGUAGUUCUGAAACCCUGACAUGACAUUUAUAUGAGUGCACUUCCUCAUUUCAUUUCCUUCCACGCUUUUUGGCCUUUCAUGUCUCUUUCUUUCUCUCCCCCCCUUACGAUUUGCACUGUGCAAUGCGAUACGUGGUUGGUAAGUAUGUUACUUUUUGCUAACACACUUUAAUAGCACCUGCUUGGUUUUAUGAUGUAAACUAAGUGUCUCUUCCUUUGUCCUACCUUUCAAUGUGAUGAUUGCUGUUUGCCAACAUUCACUUCUUAUUUUUUCUCACGUUUCCAUUCUGCUCUAAACUUCUGCCUGCCUUUCAGUGCUUCAUUAUGCUGUCGUUUGGACACAUUUGUCUGCUCUGAGAGUUUCCGUUUCCUCUGCCUCACGAGACAGAAACCUUUCAAAGAGCUUAAUCACAAUGCUUUAUUUACAGGUGUUGUUACUUGAAGGGCUGGAUGUCCAUACUGGAUGUGCAUGGCAGGUGGUGGAAACACUGGUUUGUUCUGGGUGAUACCUCACUGAGGUACUACAGAGACGCAGAUGCUGAGGAGUCAGAUGAUGUUGACGGCGAGAUAAACUUGACGUGCUGUAUCAAUGUAUCAGAAUGCGACGUGGAGAAGAACCAUGGACUCCAGAUACAAACAAAGAGAGCACUGUUCACUCUCUCCGUUACGACCUCUAGAAUACGACGGAACUGGGUGAAGUUGCUAAGACAAGCGAUCCAGAACAACAUGCACCAAUCGGACACCGGCAGCGAGAAAGAGUACCCCCUCUCCCGGAGACCGUCGUCAUGCCAACCCGCUGCUCGGUUCACCUGCAAGGACUCCGGCUAUGAACCUACCACUUCCACUGCUAGCGUCCCAGCUAUAAACCCCCGUCAGGCCGACCACAGCCAUCACACUGCAGAGCGGGAUCUGGACUUGUCUCCGUCCAGUCAGAGAGAAGAGGGGGAGGGUUGGGACCGCGAGCAAGCCAAGCGAUUGGAGGAGAGGAACAAGUGGUUUGAAGAGGGGGUCACCUUCAGUGAAAUGGGCAGCAGGUGGGACUCAAUGGAGCUGAAGAGGGGGAGUGCGCCUGGGCACCUCACCGAGACCAUGGACUCAGACGUCAGCAGCAAGUGGGUCGAAUUUGAGACGUUGUCAGUAUGUGACGUGAGCUCGCGGUCUCUAAUUGGAGCCCAGACGUGUCAAUCGAGCCCUGAAGAGGCCGAACAGCCUGAAACCGCCUCACAAACGGGUGUAUCCGACCCAUGCAUAAAUGGAGAACAAACUACUCAAACAAAUAAAGGGGAAGCUCUUCAAAACGAGGCCCUCUUUCUUCGAAAGCAGGUGGAUAGCCUCAGGGGGGAGCGUGCAGCCUUGGGGGAAGAAGUGGACAGCCCGUGUGGCCCCGGGGCCCCGUGUAGGGCCAGGCUUGUAGCUAUGGAAGAGGCCCAUCGUAAAGCUCUGCAGGAGCAACAGGAGAAGCACGCGAGGGAGAUCGAGGAGCUGGAGGAGCAGAGAGACAGGAUGCUGCAAGAGGAGAGCCAGGCUGCCGCUAAAGCUGUGGAGGCAGUGAGAGCAGCUCACAGGGAGGAGCUGGAGAGGGAGGUGGAGAAGGCCAGGAGUCUGGCUGGAGGAGCUGCACACGCGGACGCUCCACACGGAGGCCACAUGCCACAGGCGGAUGUCGCGCACAGCGAGUUAGAUGUGCUGUCCGAGCGCUACACCCAGAGGUGCCUGGAGCUGCAGCGCAGCGAGCAGAGCGGCCGGGACCGAGAGGCUGAGCUCGACCUCAAGGAAAGAGAGCUGCAGCAGCUCAGAAGAGAGAACAAGGACCUCAAGGUCAAACUGGCGGAAGAGAUCAGCCGCAUGCGUUACUUCAUCACAGGGCUGAGGUCGGACACGGCAUCGCUUGGCAACGCUGAGCGCACUGCAUCGGAAUUAGAGACAUUACUAAGAGCAAAAGACAACGAGGUUGAGUAUCUUAAGAAGGAAAUCAGCUGUCUACAGAAUGAAGUGCAGUCCCUCACAACGGAGAAAGCAGCGGCUUAUGAGCUAUAUAAGGAGGCGUACGUGGUGCUGAGUGACACGAGGGGGCGAGACCAGCUAAAGACAAACUCCCUUACUGAACACUUGAGACUGGCCAACGCCGCCCUGGAGGAGGGAGCGAGGCAGGCUGACCAAUGAGGACGGAUGAGACAAACUGA